AUGAAAGUGGAUAGCGGCAAGAUUCAAGAUGACAAUGCAGCAUCAACCACCAGUGGCAGCGGUGGCGUAAAAUCUGGAAAGCUUGUUUUUGGUUCUAAGGGUUUCGAGAACACUCCAAAGAGAAUACCAGACGACUUGAGGGAUAGCCUCAAAAAAGAAGAGAAUAAAGGGCAAAAGUUUCAAGCUUUUACGGGCAACAAACAUGUACUAUGGAGAGACAUUCUCUCUAAUUUCACUCCUGAUCUUCAUCUUCAUAACUCAACAGGCUGUAUCGUGGUGCCGGACUGGAUGAUGGAGAACUCGAACAUACAAGAAGGAGAGCUUGUAGAGGUCGCAAGCGUAGUUCUUCCGACCGGAAAUUACAUGAAACUGCAGCCUCAUACGACAAAAUUCAUCGAACUCUCGAACCCGAAACCUGUUCUAGGAAAUAACCUGAGUAGCUUUUCUUGUUUGAGCAAGGGGGAUACCAUAAUGAUUACUCAUAAUGACCAGAAGUUUUACAUUAAUAUUUUGGAAAUGAAACCUGGGCCAGCAAUAUGUCUCAUCGGGAUGGAUUGUGAGGCGGAUUUUGCUGCUCCUCUGGACUGCAAGGAACCUGCAAAACCAGAAAAAGUUGAAGAGAUGGAGAUUGAAGAACUUCUGAAAUUUAGGCCAUUUGUGGGCAAGGGGAGAUGCUUGGACAGGGAACCUGUAGAGAUGAAAGUGGAUAGCGGCAAGAUUCAAGAUGACAAUGCAGCAUCAACCACCAGUGGCAGCGGUGGCGUAAAAUCUGGAAAGCUUUUUUUUGGUUCUAAGGGUUUCAAGAACACUCCAAAGAGAAUACCAGACGACUUGAGGGAUAGCCUCAAAAAAGAAGAGAAUAAAGGGCAAAAGUUUCAAGCUUUUACGGGCAACAAACAUGUACUAUGGAGAGAGUAA